AUGACUGAUGACACCCAAGCUCGGAGAUCUCAUUCGCCUUGGCAAAAUCCAGAAGACCUGGUCAAUCUGACCAUUACCUUGAAUGUCAACUGCAAGGGCAAUGAGAACAGGAAACAUACACUCAGAUGCAAAAAGACAGAUAGCUUAUAUGAGGCACUCAAUUCUCUCAAAGCUGUCCAAAAUGUGAUGAAAGUUCAGCCAGACAAAGAGAUGCUGGUGUGUGGCACAGACUACAUCAAAGGUUACUUAAACCUUGGAAUGCCCCUUAGUUGUAUUCCUGAAGGGUCCCACCUGGAAAUUAAAUUUGUAGUAACCAAGAGUAAACAAGGGAAUCAGAUACAUCAUCGGCUUGAAACAACCGUUGGUGCUGACUGUAUCAAAUUUAAUAUUUCUGCAAUUGGCAAGGAGAAAAGAAGGAUUGUUAAGUGCAAUCAGCUUCACAUAAAAGGGUCCCAGCUCUGCGUCUAUGCCUUCAAAGGAGAAACUAUCAAGGAUGCACUAUACAAGGAUGGGCGGUUUCUUUCCUUUUUGGAGAAAGAGGAAUGGAAACUUAUUGAAAACCUGGAACUCAUUAUAGAAAACACGCAGCCAGUCGAUGAGUUAGAGGGCAGGCUCUUUGAACUUGAGGUUGAAAAAACAAGGAGAAAAACCAGCCCCCAGAGAGCCAUCUCUCAGAAUUCUGAGUCAGUGCAAAGAACAGCCAGUGUGUUGAAUACACAAAUCAUGGACCAGUAUCCCAGUUUGGAGAAAGACAGUAAAAAAAUCACAGAAUAUUUAAACAAAGAAAUUAAAGACAAGAGGAAGAAAAAUGCAUUGUUUAAAUUACAUAAAGAAAACUUUGGGAAACUGGUCAGUAACUCCACCACGAUGAGAGAACACAAAAAUUUCGUUACUUUUGGUGAGGGUGUUGGGCGUAUAUCCUGGAACAACAAUGGAAACACAGGAUCUGCUACUGGCUUUGUUUAUAGAGAACCCUUCAUUUUUACUUGUCGGCAUGUAACAAAUUGCAUUGUAGGAGAAGGAAUAGAGCCAAGUAGGUGGGCAGAUGUAAUUAGUGCAUCUGCAUGGAUGACAUUUGAUGAUGAUGAAGAGUUUAGCAGAUUCAAACGCUUUACCUUUGAACCUUGGUUCGAGGUGUCUGAUGUAGCUCUUGAUUAUGCUGUCCUGAAACUGAAGAUACGUGAACAAAAACUGCCUUUGGAACUAUGUGAUAGAAAAGCUCAGGUUGUACCACUUAAUGGGUUGUUACAUAUUAUUGGCUAUCCAGAUGGAAAGGAAAAGUCGACUGAUAAUUGUUGUAUGAUCCCUCUGAGUUGUCGAGAAGAAGCAUGCAAAAACAGAAUAGAUGCUGGGGAAGCCCUGGGUCACAAUAUACCGUAUGUUUUUUUGCAGACGGAGAACAGUUUCAAGCCACAAUUAGAUGAUUCUAAUGUGAUUACUUAUGACACCAGCUUUUACUUUGGGUCUUCUGGCUCUCCAGUGUUUAACUCAUCCUUCGAACUAGUAGCCAUGCAUACUGCUGGUUUUUCUUACAAGUACCUGAAUGGGAUUUCUAGUGUCAUUGAGUUUGGCUAUACUAUGGAAGCCAUCCUCAAUGACAUUAAGCAAAACCAUGGGGAGUGGUAUAAAACAGAAUUAUCGCGUAUAGGUCAGGGGGAUGUAGAAAUGGAGACUGAUGAAGAUUGA